AUGAACGACCUUCUCACUGAUUCAUUUGUUGGUGAGGCUAGUAAUGGCCAACCUUCCAGACAAAGUGAUAUUGAAAUGGGACAGGUUCCGAGAAGCAACUCUGAUAUGGGAAUGGAAGCUUUUAAUAAGCAGAUCAAUGAGGCUGAUAAACAAAUCGAUAAGCUGGCUGUACUACUUCAAAAGCUAAAGGAAGCCAAUGAGGAAUCGAAAGCUGUUACAAAAGCAUCUGCCAUGAAAGCUAUUAAGAAGAGGAUGGAGAAAGAUAUUGAUGAAGUUGGAAAGAUUGCCUAUGGUGUCAAAACAAAGAUAGAGGCUAUAAACAGAGAUAACCUAUCAAAUAGACAAAAGCCUGGCUGUGAGAAAGGAACAGGUAUUGACAGAGCAAGAAUGAAUAUGACAAAUGCCUUGACUAAAAAAUUCAAGGAUCUCAUGACAGAGUUCCAGACUCUUAGACAAAGAAUACAAGAUGAAUAUCGUGAGGUUGUGGAGAGAAGAGUUAUAACAGUCACCGGAACUAGGCCAGAUGAUGAGACAAUUGAUAGCCUGAUAGAAACUGGAAACAGUGAGCAAAUCUUCCAGAGAGCAAUUCUAGAAGCAGGCCGAGGACAGGUAGUGAACACAGUAGAAGAAAUUCAGGAGAGACAUGAUGCUGUGAAAGAAAUUGAGAAAAAACUUCUUGAUUUACACCAGAUUUACCUUGAUAUGGCAGUCUUAGUUGAUGCUCAAGGAGAAAUUCUAGAUAACAUUGAAAGUCAGGUCAACAACGCAGUCGAUCAUGUCCAGAGAGGGACAACUGCACUUCAAAAUGCUAAGAAACUCCAGAAGAACUCUCGAAAAUGGAUGUGCAUUGCCAUCAUUAUACUGUUGAUAAUAGUAGCUAUCAUAGUUGUGGGGGUUCUGAAACCUUGGAAGAGUAGCUAG